AUGUGGGCCCUCGCGAUCUCGGUCUUGCUUUACGCGGCCUGGGCCCAAGCCAAGUAUGUUUGGCCAGCAAAGAGUGACUUUCUCGAAGACAUGCUGGCGAUCCAGUCUGGCGCUGUGAAAUUCGGCUUCACCGACUUGGUAGGCAGCUGCGACCUCGGGUUCAAUCAGCCCGGCCGACAGUCGUCUGCCGAAUGGGUCAGGGCCGCCUUUCACGACGCCAUCACCCACAACAAGGCCAAAGGCACGGGUGGCCUUGACAUCUCCAUCAUGUUCGAGACAGAGAGGCCCGAGAACAAGGGAGUCGCCUUCAAUAACACCGUAAAUGACAUGCACAGCUUCUUUAGCCCGCGGGCCAGCGGUUCUGACCUCUUGGCGCUGGCGCUCGUCGCCGCCGUCGCCGGAUGCGGCGGACCCAGGAUUCAGCUGCGCAUGGGCCGCAUCGACGCCUCGGCGGCAGGCCCAGCCGGCGUGCCGGAGCCGGAGCACGACCUGGCAUCCACCUUGGCCGCCUUCACCAACGCCGGCUUCAGCCAGGAGGACAUGAUUGCCAUGGUGGCCUGCGGACACACGCUGGGCGGCGUGCAGAGCGUCGACUUCCCCGAUAUCACCGGCGGCACGCCCUCAAACUCGCACAAGGUGCCGUUUGAUAGAACCGCCGCGGCUUUCGACACGGCCGUCGUCAACGAGUACCUGCAAGGCGACGGCGUCAACCCCCUGGUGUUUGGCCACAACCAGACGACAAACUCGGAUAAGCGCAUCUUUGCGGCCGACGGCAAUGCCACCAUGUCUCGGCUGAGGGACCCCCAGGAGUUCCGCUCGACCUGCGGGACUGUGUUUCAGCGCCUCAUCGACACCGUGCCGUCGACAGUCCAGCUUAGCGAGCCAAUCGACAUCGUCGACGUGAAGCCGUACAUUGACAAGCUCGAGCUGGCGACAACCCCUAACCAACUAGCACUGGCGGGCAAGAUCCGCGUGCGCACCACCAAGGGUACCGGACGCGACGCCGACUCGCUCCAGGUUUCCCUCCGCCUCCUAGACCGCAGCGGGAAAUCCUCCCAUCUAGACGCCCCGCGCAUGAGGUGGCGCAGCGGCCAGUCCGAGGGCUUCUUCGGCGAGACAUUCACCUGGUAUGAGUUUGCCACCCAGGUUAACGCGGUCGCCGGCUUAAAAUCGUUCACGAUACACCUCAAAGACGCAUCGGGCGCCGAGCCCGUUCACGACAACGGCGGCCACGGCUACCCCCUCAACGACCAAGUGCUGUACAUGCAAUCGAGAUCGUGCCAGGGCCCCGUCGCUAACGGCAACAUGACCUUCACUAUUGGCGCAGCGGUGCGGAAGAGCGCGAUAGGCGACGCCAAUGACAAAGUUGCGGUCAAGAUGGCCCAUAAAAUCCACCAGACGGGCGCUGUUCUUCCCCGGAUCGUAAUCCAGCCCCUCAGCAUGGUAGCGUCAGGAAUCAGCACAGCAGAGGGGUAUGUCCAUUACUCGCUCAAUGUGUCAACGUAUGCUCCGGAGUGGUCUACAACGUUCGAUAUUGAGCUGCAGUCGAAGAAGGGCACAGUUGCUUCCGAGUUCCACCCGACUGUUGCCCUGGAGAACUGUUGA